AGCAGGCGACGGGCAGCGGCAGGAUGGACCUAGAAGCCUCGCUGCUGCCCACCGGCCCUAAUGCCAGCAACACCUCGGACGGCCCCGAUAACCUCACCCUGGCCGGGUCACCUCCUCGCAGAGGGAGUGUCUCCUACAUCAACAUCAUCAUGCCUUCAGUGUUUGGCACCAUCUGCCUCCUGGGCAUCAUCGGGAACUCCACAGUCAUCUUCGCGGUGGUGAAGAAGUCCAAACUGCACUGGUGCAGCAACGUGCCCGACAUCUUCAUCAUCAACCUCUCGGUGGUGGACCUCCUCUUUCUCCUGGGCAUGCCCUUCAUGAUCCACCAGCUCAUGGGCAAUGGAGUCUGGCACUUUGGAGAGACCAUGUGCACACUCAUCACGGCCAUGGACGCCAACAGUCAGUUCACCAGCACCUACAUCCUGACCGCCAUGGCCAUUGAUCGCUACCUGGCCACCGUCCACCCUAUCUCCUCCACCAAGUUCCGGAAGCCUUCUGUGGCCACCCUGGUGAUCUGCCUCCUGUGGGCCCUCUCCUUCAUCAGCAUCACCCCCGUGUGGCUCUACGCUAGGCUUAUCCCCUUCCCAGGGGGCACGGUGGGCUGUGGCAUCCGCCUGCCCAACCCAGACACUGACCUGUACUGGUUCACCCUGUACCAGUUCUUCCUGGCCUUCGCCCUGCCCUUUGUGGUCAUCACAGCUGCGUAUGUGAGGAUCCUGCAGCGCAUGAUGUCCUCCGUAGCUCCCGCCUCUCAGCGCAGCAUCCGGCUGCGGACAAAGAGGGUGACUCGUACAGCCAUCGCCAUCUGCCUGGUCUUCUUUGUGUGCUGGGCCCCCUACUAUGUGCUGCAGCUGACCCAGUUGUACAUCAGCCGCCCGACACUCACCUUUGUGUACCUGUACAACGCAGCCAUCAGCUUGGGCUAUGCCAACAGCUGCCUCAAUCCCUUUGUGUACAUCGUGCUCUGUGAGACAUUCCGCAAACGCUUGGUCCUGUCGGUGAAGCCUGCUGCCCAGGGGCGGCUUCGAGCCGUCAGCAAUGUCCACACAGCUGAUGAGGAGAGGACAGAAAGCAAGGGCACCUGACGCUUCCCCUACAACCCUGGGCACCUCCAAGUCGGGACAGCACGGCGGACCAUGAUGGGGAGAGACGCUGAGAAGAACCCAAGACCCCUCUGGGAGAAUGCGGGGAGGCUGGGUGGUGAGGGGUUGUUGCAACUAAAAACAUUCCACGGGGUCCACAAAUUGCCGGGGAGGCUGGCAGCCAGAUUUUGGGGGCUUCAAGCAUCAGACAUCCCCUUGGGAGAGGAGGAAGAGACCUUUGGGUUGAACAGAAACUGAACAAGAAGAAAAUUUUCAUUCAAAUGUUCAGUUGAGCCCUAUAUCUCUUGGCUCCCCAGUGUCUUUUUCUCAAUUUCUGAUUUAUUUAAAACCUGGGAAGGCCAGGGUGUGAGCAGCGGGGCCCUGGGGAGGUUGGAAAGUGAUGGGGCCUCAACGCUCCUUCCCAUCUCUCCCUGGUGCGAUGGAGGGCAGCCCUUCUCCCAAGCUGGCGGGUGGUGAAACGAAGCAUGCCGUCUCUCUGCGUUCCAGCAUCCUGUGUCGA